AAAACGUUCCGCGUCUUACGUCACGCCCACUCACGUGUGAGCCGCUGCAUGCUCUUCACAGGGGUUCGAGUAAAUAGACGAUAGAAAAGGCGAAAACUGAUGUAAACGCGCCGCAGCGUCCUCCGUCGCGGACACCUGCCAGAAAGAAACCUGGUGUGAGAUGGCGAGAGGGGAGCGGACAACCCCCCGCGGGGUGGGAAAACGCCAGACGGGAGACUGCUGGGAGCCUCUGUCUAAGAAGCUGAAAACGAGGAGAGAUGGAAAGACGAAAACAGAGACCCACAGUCAGGCAGGUGUAAAGUGGACUGGAGGACUGAAGAAAUGUACCCACCUGAGCAUACCCCACUACAUCUACAAGAGCUCAUUAGGAGAGGGCAUCCGAUCUCAUCUACGACAGUGCCUCCAAGAGCCUUUUAUACGCUUGCUGGACUCCUACAGACUGCAGCGCACUGCCAGCCCGUUUGACCGGAGGGUCACGUGUUUGGAGUGGCACCCCAGCCAUCCCAGCACUCUGGCAGUGGGCUCCAAGGGUGGAGACAUCAUCCUGUGGGACUAUGAUGUGUUGAACAAGACAACAUUUAUACAAGGGAAGGGAGCUGGUGACUUUAUUGGGGGGAUGAAGUACUGUCCCACAGACGUAUCCAAAGUCUACGUGGCCUCUGGUGAUGGCACUGUAACCUUACAGAGCUUUGAUGGUCUCCCAAGUGAGACACUGUCUCGAACCCCAGACUGCAGUCAUGAGCACCACAGUCUUUGUUACUGGUACUGCUGUGUAGAUGUGUCAGUUAGUCGCCAGAUGCUUGUCACUGGGGACAAUGGAGGAAGACUGCUUUUGCUUGGACUUGAUGGAAAAGAAAUUUUCGGUGAGAAGCUGCACAAGGGCAAAGUGACCCAUGCAGAAUUCAACCCUCGCUGUGACUGGCUGAUGGUGACAGCAUCUGUAGACAGCACCGUCAAGCUGUGGGACCUCAGGAACAUUAAGGACAAAAGCAGCUUCUUGCAUGAAAUGGUGCACAAGAAACCAGUUAAUUCUGCCUAUUUCAACCCCACGGAUAGCACCAAGCUUCUCACCACAGACCAAAUGAAUGAAAUCAGGAUAUAUUCUUCAUGUGAUUGGUCCAAGCCAGCUCAGGUUAUUGUACAUCCUCACCGGCAGUUCCAGCACCUGACGCCAAUCAAGGCAACCUGGCAUCCCAUAUAUGACCUGAUUGUGGCUGGCCGCUAUCCAGAUGACCGUGUCUUUCCUGAUGAUGAGAGAACUGUUGAUGUCUUUGAUGCCAACACUGGCAGGCUUGUUCACCAGCUGAGAGACCCCAAUACCCAUGGUAUUGUAUCUCUCAACAAAUUCAGCCCAGUAGGGGAUGCGCUGGCAUCCGGAAUGGGCUAUAAUAUUUUGAUAUGGAAGCAAGAUGAUACAGUGAGCCAUAUGCCUGGAAGACAGAGGGAGGAAGAAACAGAGGCUGGAGGGAGAGCAGGAAACUCCAGAGCCCGACAAGGUAAUCCGCUGCGGCCCCGCAGUGAAAGAAGAGAAACAGCAGACGGUGCCAAGCUAAAGAAAAAACUGGAAUCAACUGAGACCAAGUCAAGGGCCAAAAGCAAGACUCGAUGUAAAACACAAGAAAACAAGAAGCCGUAGUUGGCCACCGCUGCUUUAUUUACAAAGGUCAUUUUACUGUAAAGCAGUGUUACAAAUCUUAUACAGCAACAUUUUGUUUUUAUGCGAGAAAAAAAAAAGUUUUCAAAGUUAAACAUUUUGUUCUUGUUCAUAUUAAAGCAUUGUACAUUUUUUCUCUUCGAAUAUAAUAAACUUGGUACUUUUCUACAUAAAAAGAAACCUGGAAUCAUUUUCUUUAGUAUACAGGCAGUUAUUUCAGAAUAAGGAAUAUAUAGUAUUGUGCAAAAUUUGUUUGAUUUCCUGUCAGAAUAGCCAUGAAGUACAAGUUCUUAAUUUCUCAGCAUCAGAAAAAAGCAGGAAACAUAAAACACAGAAACUGGACUUCCAAACACUAGAGCGCUGGGAUUACUCGGAUCAUGAGGAACAGAAAAUGCAACCAACUUUUAAGCCUGAACUUUGGAGGUGUUCAGGAACAUGGAAAAGUAUCCCUGAAGAUUUCGUUGAAGAUGAAUGGAG